UUAUUACAGACUAAAGCAAAAUGAAUGAGCAUCCAAAGAAAAGGAAAAGGAAGACUCCGCAUCCUUCACGCUACUCAGAUUCUUCAGGAAUUCCAAAAUACAUAGAUAAUAGUGGCAUAUUUUCUGACCAUUGUUACAGUGUCUGUUCCAUGAAACAGCUAGACCCAAAAGUUCCUGAUAACCGAGGUCGAUUUCAUAACACGGCGCCUAGUACAGAUGCCGAUGAGGAUGGCAGCCAGGUGUAUGCUGGGACAUCUCAGUGGAGUGGGAUCCAGUCUAAUGUUCCGGGGACGCAUUUGAUGGACCCUAAGAAAAAAGAUAAAAACAACAAUAACGGCAUUUUUAAAGAUUCGUGCGAGUCCCCUAUCUUCAGUGACAGUUUAACAGAAGAGGAGAAACCUUUGGAUAUUCAAACUGUAGAGAUCUCCACUACUGAAGUCCAGGCUGUAGAGGUCCACGACAUUGAAACUCAGACCAUUUCCCCUGAGAAGCUUGAAGCAGAGGAUGCAGAGCAAAUCCCUUUUGCAAGUUGCAAAGGGCUUGACAAAAACCCUCCUUUGAACGUCAUCAUUCCGCCCAAAUGGCCCCUGCUCCGGGCAAACAGCAGCGGUUUGUACAAAUGUGAACGAUGCACAUUUAACAGUAAAUAUUUCUCGGACCUGAAGCAGCACGUGGUUCUAAAGCAUAAAACCUGCCCUGAGGGCAAC